AUGCCAGAUGUCAAGCAAUACUCUCCGACGGCAGUCCAGCGUCCGCAUUUUGUGGGCGUAGGGCAAGACCUCGCCCUGUUGCGCAGUUACAUCCCGUUCAUACUGCACGACCGCAUGGUCUUCUCGGCACUGGCGGCGGUGGCGUCGUUCAGCGCCAACAUCACCUCCACCGGGAGCCGGGACGCCCCUCCAGAAUCCUUCCGCCUCUACCAGUCAGCUGUUUCGCAAUUGCGUGAGAGGCUUUCACGGGAGUCGGAAAGAUCGAGCGAUGCUGUCAUCGUGACGUUGAGCAACUUGUCGGGGUUCGAGGCCUUGUCGGGAAACUAUGAUGCAGUUGACAUGCACACGCUCGGCAUCAAACAGGUUGUCGCGCUGAGAGGUGGUGUCGACCAACUGGGUUUCGAAGGGUUUCUAAAGACGAUGUCGAUCGCCUGGCUGAACUUUUACGCUGCCCGUCACUCCGUCAGCCUGGUCAACGACCAUUUCUUCCCCAGGGAUGGCGCCUUCACCUACCCGGAGCAUCCCUUUGAUCCCGAUUUGUGCGAUACCAUCGCAAAAUUCCACCCUGGAUUGACCAACGUAGCCUUGUCUGGCCUGCUGAGUCAUCAGGUAAUCAACCUGAUCGCCCACAUCAAUGCCUGGGAGCAGGACAUCAACGCCUACCUGAGAGAGUCCGACGUGUACAAUCUCCACGAGCUCUCACGGAGCGCCCGCAACGUCACCCUAUGUGGAGAGUUCCUGCACAAGAGCGGGCUGUCGCUGAUCGAACAACUGCUCGUAAUCGCGUUGAUGGCCUUCUGCUAUUCGACAGAUACCACGCGUGCGAUGUUCUAUCUGACAAACGCUUACCUGCAGAUUCAUUGCAAGUUUAUGAGGACUCUGUUCAUAGAGGUGACGGAAAGAAACGAGGCAUUCAUCACCUGGGUGGGCACCACGCUUGUCGCGACAUUCGACCCGUCAGGACAGCCCUCCUUGCUCGGGAUCCAGCUCUUGAGGGCCCGGCCAAACGCACGUAACUGGCAGGCCAGUGUUCGAUUGUGCGAGAGUUACUUUUGGAACGAUGCGCUGUCGCUGAGGCUUGCGUCGAAGAUCGGCCAUCUGGGAGGAGUGGAACGACAGGGCCAAGGCUGA